GGCGUCCCUGUGCCACGUGACUGUCGCCUCCUCCCUCCUCCCAGUCGCGCGCACGGGCCGGGCGUCUCGACUCCCGCGCGCGCUCGACUGGUCCCAGUGCCCGGGUGGAGAAGCGGAGGAGGGAUCCAGCGAGGCGGCCCGGGGGAGCUGGCGCGAGCAGCGGCUGCCGGGGCCGCCUGUGCACCGUGGCGAGGGUGGCGGUGGCCUGAGCAGCGCGAGUGUGAUGAAGCUGCCCUGCCUCGCUGCUCCGCUCGCAGCCAGCUGACAGCGCCUGCCCUCAGCACGCCCGGAGGGGAGCCGCGGGGCCGUGACCUUGGCCGAGGAGGGCAGCCUGACAGUCCUUGCAUCUGAGCUCCCAAGUUCUGGGUGACAUGGCCCAGGGGAAUAACUAUGGACAGACCAGUAACGGGGUGGCAGACGAAUCACCCAACAUGCUGGUGUACAGAAAGAUGGAAGAUGUCAUAGCACGCAUGCAAGAUGAAAAAAAUGGAAUUCCUAUCCGCACUGUCAAAAGCUUCCUUUCCAAGAUACCUAGCGUCUUCUCUGGAUCAGACAUUGUUCAGUGGUUAAUAAAGAACUUAACAAUAGAAGAUCCAGUGGAAGCUCUCCAUUUGGGAACGCUAAUGGCUGCCCACGGCUACUUCUUUCCCAUCUCCGAUCACGUCCUCACACUCAAGGAUGAUGGUACCUUCUACCGGUUUCAAACACCCUAUUUUUGGCCAUCAAAUUGUUGGGAGCCAGAAAAUACAGACUAUGCUGUUUAUCUCUGCAAGAGAACAAUGCAAAACAAGGCAAGGCUAGAGCUAGCAGAUUAUGAAGCCGAGAGCCUGGCCCGGCUGCAGAGAGCAUUUGCCCGGAAGUGGGAGUUCAUUUUUAUGCAAGCAGAAGCACAAGCUAAAGUGGACAAGAAGAGAGACAAAAUUGAAAGGAAGAUCCUCGAUAGUCAAGAGAGAGCAUUCUGGGAUGUCCACAGGCCUGUGCCUGGAUGUGUAAAUACUACAGAAGUGGACAUUAAGAAGUCAUCUCGAAUGAGAAACCCUCACAAAACACGCAAGUCUGUCUAUGGUUUACAAAAUGACAUCCGAAGUCACAGUCCCACCCAUACACCUACACCAGAAACCAAGCCUCCCACAGAAGACGAGCUGCACCAACAGAUAAAAUACUGGCAAAUACAGUUAGAUAGACAUCGGUUAAAAAUGUCAAAAGUUGCGGAUAGUCUACUAAGUUAUACAGAACAGUAUAUAGAGUAUGACCCGUUUCUUGUGCCACCUGACCCUUCUAAUCCAUGGCUCUCGGAUGACACUACAUUCUGGGAACUUGAAGCAAGCAAAGAACCAAGUCAACAGAGGGUAAAACGAUGGGGUUUUGGCAUGGAUGAGGCAUUGAAAGACCCAGUUGGGAGAGAGCAGUUCCUUAAGUUUCUAGAAUCAGAAUUCAGCUCAGAGAACCUAAGGUUCUGGCUGGCAGUGGAGGACCUGAAGAAAAGGCCGAUCCGCGAGGUGCCCUCUAGGGUGCAGGAAAUAUGGCAAGAAUUUCUGGCUCCUGGGGCCCCUAGUGCCAUUAACUUGGAUUCUAAAAGUUAUGACAAGACCACACAGAAUGUGAAGGAACCAGGGCGAUACACGUUUGAAGACGCCCAGGAGCACAUUUACAAGCUGAUGAAGAGCGACUCAUAUCCCCGCUUUAUAAGGUCUAGUGCCUACCAGGAACUUCUACAGGCAAAGAGAAAGGGCAGAAACCUCCCUAUUUUCCCAUGCCAUAAAAACUGUACACCAACACUGAGGGCCAGCACUAACCUGUUAUGAAAAGAGGGGAAAUCUCUCACAUCCAAGAGGUUAACAAGCCUUGUUCAGUCUUACUAAAAGGACCGUCUUUGUGACAUGAAAGCUGAAUGGAGCCAUUGCCCAUACCUUGUAGCCUAUUGCUGUUACCUGGAACCGAGGAUGUUAGACCAAGAUGUUGCAUGAAUGAAGGACCUGAAUUGUUCUUUCCUGUGUGCACAUAAAGGCAUCGCCAUUGCCA